AUGCCGAAAGCAAAUGAAUUGGAAUUGCCCGAUAGAGUGGCAGAGACGUUUACCGACCAAGUGGUAAUGGUCACAGGCGGCACGGGCUUCAUGGGAAAAGUGCUCGUUGAAAAACUUCUCAGAAAAUGUCCAGAUAUUCGGCAAAUUAUUCUCUUAGUGCGGAACAAGAAAGGGAAGGACCCGAACGAACGACUCGACGUCAUGCUCAAUGACCCGCUUUUCGGUCAAGUAUUAGAAUCCCGCGGUGUUCAGGCGAUAAAGGAAAAAUUAAAAGUAGUAUGUGGAGAUGUGAGCGAGCUCGACCUUGGAAUGAAGGAAAGUGAUCGUCUAUUCAUACAAAGUAAUGUUGACAUAAUCGUUCACGCUGCGGCUACUAUCAGAUUUGAUGAAGCAUUAAAGAAGGCCGUACUUCUCAACGUGCGAGGCACUAAAUUAGUGCUGGAAUUGGGAAAGUCCUGCAAAAAGUUAAAGUUAUUCAUCCACAUCUCCACCGCAUAUUGCCAUUUAAAUGAAAAGCUUUUGGAAGAAAAAGCAUACGAUCCUCCCGCAGACCCUCACAAAGUACUGUCGACUAUUGAGAUCUUAGAUGACGAAACUAUUGAGAAAAUAACUCCUAAGUUAUUAGAUAAACUCCCAAAUUCAUACGCGUUUACAAAAGCUCUGGCUGAAGCGUUAGCUGUGGAAGCGAUGGAAAAUAUGCCAGUGAUGAUACUUCGUCCGUCAAUUGGCGCAGGAAAGGGUGUAAUUCGGUCAAUGUAUUGUCGCAGCGACAGCUACGCCGACUACUUGCCCGUGGAUGUAUUCAUUAAUGGUAUCAUGGUGGUUACUUGGAACUAUUUAAAGAAUAGUGAUAAGACCACAAUGAUCUACAACUUCACGAGUUCUGCAGAAGUCAAAGUGACGUGGUCCGAACUCAUAGAUACUGGCAGAGAUAUCAUCUUGAAUAGGAUACCCUUAAAUGGUGUAGUUUGGUACCCCGGGGGAUCGAUGAAGCACUCGCGUCUAGUUCACAACAUAUGCGCUGUACUGUUUCAUUGGAUACCCGCUAUUCUCGUCGAUACACUAUUAUUUAUACUCCGAUUUGAUCCAAUUUUAAUACGUGUCCACAAACGGAUAAGCAAAGGUUUUGAUGUAUUUGAGUAUUAUACGAACAACCAGUGGGACUUCAAAUCCGAAGCAGGACAAAGAGUGCGCACACGCCUAAACAGUCGUGAGAAGGAAGACUACAAAGUUGAUGCAGAUGGCGCUAAUAUUCCCAAUUACUUUGAAGAUUGUGUUCGUGCAGCGCGAUUAUACAUCCUCAAGGAGAGCGACGAUACUAUACCUGCAGCUAAAAGGCAUAUGAAAAUG